AUGGACUGGAACCCACAACCGCCGCUGCUCAGUGUGACCUACCAGCUGAUUGAAAACGCCACGAGCGUCGGAUACAAGGGACAUUCCGAGUGGUCUGGGUCGUUAGGUGACCUCAACAGGAGGGCAACCGACCUGGUGUCGUUCAUGGACAUAACGGAGGAACGCAUGGACGCCUUUUCGCUCACCGACAACAUCAUCAGCCACCCCGUGGCGAUGCUGAUGCAGACGCCCAAGAUCAUGUCCCGCAAGAUGCUCUUCGUGCAGCCCUUCACCACACAGGUUUGGGUUCUUGUCGUAAUCAGCGUCCCAGUCGUGAGCGUGGAACUCUGGCUGGUCUACAACUGGUCUCCCGAAGAAGCACCUCGACGCCGAAAAGGACGUGGUUUGUCGGAGCUCCACAACUGCGCGUGGUACACUUACGGCGCGCUGUUGCAGCAAGGCGGGGUGCACCUUCCGGUGGGCACCUCUUCUCGCUUAGUGAUGUGCACCUGGUGGUUGUACGUGGUGAUCGUGAUGGCCUACUACAGCAGCAACCUGAUCGCCUUCCUCACGGUGCCGGAACCGCAGUGGCUCGUCUCGUCCUUCCGGGAAGCCGUGGCAAGGGAGGACAUACACAUCUACAUUACUCACGGCACGGGUCUUCACCAGGAGAUACUGAAGUCGUCGAGUGAGCAAUUCGUCAGGCUUCGGCAGCGACUGGGAUUCACUGCUACAGCCGUGCAUGAUGUCAGAACUAUCAUCGAUCGAGUGGCAACUGGAAAGGCCAUACUUCUAGCGGAUAAAAUGCUGGCGGAAGCGCUUGCCAUCGCAGAUUACAAGAACCAGCAGGAGCAGCGCUGUCGCGUCGCCGUCUUCAACGAUGACAUCAUGCUCAUCAGCCUCGGAAUCGGCGCUCGCCGAGGGAGCCCCUUCGUUCAGGCCUUGAACCGCCACUUCUUCCAGCUGCGAAUUUCGGGCAACCUACGUUUCCUGCUGAAGAACCACCGCGAGAAGCCACACGCCUGCAUUCGCGACUACGAAGAGGACACGCGUGGCCUGUCAAAGCCCAUCGGCCUGUCCGAGCUGGAGAGCGCCUUCUUGCUGCUACUGCUCGGCACCGCGAUCUCCAUGUUGAUCGUGCCUGUUGAGUUCGUCGCGCGCUGGGCUCGCACUAGACGCAGAGCGCGGAUGCUGAUGCCUUCGGGGACGACAUCGGGCCUUGACAGCGCUUGGUGGAUGCCCGAUGACCACAAGACUCGGCCUUUUAUCAGCCUGCGACACGGCUGGAAGCGUGCCGAAGAGGCUGUCUGGACCACGGUCGGUCCAGGAGGCCACGUGAUCAGCGACUGCUACCCAGCGUUCGGCCAGUUCGGCCGUCGGCCCCUGUACGUGAAUCAGGCGCCGCCAUUCCCUUUCUACCAGCCCUGCUGGGGUGGAACAGCAGCCGAAGAGGAGCCGGCGCAGGGCAGACGGCGCGGACACGUAGUCAUGGUCGGCAACUGGCCGUGA